AUGUCGCAAGCCGAGAAACUCGCUGCUCCUGUAAAGGCUUCAGCGGAUGACACGCCUUUGUGGAAGGCCAUCUCAACUCGAGCUCGUCAGAAUCUCUUCGACUCGAUUCCAUUGAAGUGGAGAUUGCCUCCGACUUUUGAAAUCCCCGAUACCGACCUCCAACGCGCCGCGCGAGAAAGUGGGAUUCUCACGCCAAGACAAUUACAACUGACCGAGCUGACCGUCACCGAGCUCAGUCCUCAUAUUCUCGCCGGGAAGGUAACGGCGCUGGAAAUCACAGAGGCAUUCUGUGCGCGUGCGGCGGUUGCCCACCAACUCGUGAAUUGCCUCACUGAUUUCUUCCCUGACGAGGCUAUUAAAGCCGCGAAAGCACUGGACGCCGAAUACAGCCGGACUCGCACACCCCUAGGUCCUUUGCAUGGCAUCCCAAUCGCCAUCAAAGACACAUGGAAAAUCAAAGGCAAGAGAGCGACCAAUGGCUGCGCUGCAUGGUAUGACCGCGCACCAGCAGAAGAGGACGCACCACUUAUUCAGGUGGUCAAAGACUCUGGAGCCAUCAUAUUCGGAAGAACGACUAUGCCCCAGACCGGGAUGGCCCUGGAGACCGUUAGCCCGCUCUGGGGACGCACUCUAAACGGCGCUUUGGUGGCAAUGCGUGGAGCCCCCUGUGCGCCGUUGUCUUCGGACGUGGGAGGCAGCAUUCGAGCUCCAGCGGCUUUCAAUGGCCUCUACGGUAUGCGACCAACCUCGAACAGACCUCCUCGAACGGGGAUGGCCUCCUCAACAUCAGGCCAGAUCUCCAUCAAUGCAUCCACAGGUCCCUGUUGUCGCAGCAUGGCCGAUUUGAAGCUUCUGACGAAACUCGUAUUGACGCACCCGACUGUGCCGUACGAACACUCGUGUAUACCUGGGUUUUGGAAUGAGCCGCCCCGCAAAUCGAAGCUUGCGGUGGGCAUCAUGUGGACUGAUGAAGUCGUCACUCCUCACCCGCCGGUAACUCGGGCAUUGAAAGAAGUUGCUUGUAAGCUUCGUGCUGCCGGGCAUGAUGUGAUCGAGUUCAAACCACCAAUCAACUUUUGGGAAGCUGCCCUGGCGACAUGGAUUCUCUACUUUCAAACCGGAGUCAACGAGACAAAGGCUGCGCUGGCAUCCACAGGCGAGCCUCUCAUUGCACAAUUUAAAUACAAUAUCGACGUGUUUAACGUGCGAGAACACACUGUCGCAGAGGUCUUGGAGGCCCACAAAAAGCAGGACGCAUACAAGGCGGCUUUCACGCAGGCUUGGAAUGCGACAGCCGACGAAAAUGCUCAGAGACAGCCAAUCGACUGUAUCAUUACUCCGUCAGGGCCAGUCGCAGGAUCUCUGCAUGAUUUCUGUCUCUGGUGGGGAUAUUUCACUAUUUGGAAUCUCUUAGACUAUCCCUCUAUUAUCAUGCCGCUGAAAGGGUUCAAAAUUGAUCCCGUCAAGGACGCAAAAGCUGCCAACUAUCAACCGCGUGAUAAUCCAUUCGACAAAAUGAACUGGGAAACUUGUGGGUUGUACUGA